GGGCGGGGCGAUCCGGCUAGUUCCCGGCCAUCCGCGGCUCGGCGGCGACGGCAACAUGGAGAGCGGGGCCUACGGUGCGGCCAACGCGGGCGGCUCCUUCGACCUGCGGCGCUUCUUGUCGCAGCCGCAGGUGGUGACGCGCGUCGUGAGCAUGGUCUUGGCCUUGAUCGUGUUCUCCUGCAUCUUCGGCGAGGGCUACAUCAACACACACACAUCUGAUCAGUUAUACUGUGUGUUCAACAAGAAUGAGGAUGCCUGCCGCUACGGCAGCGCCAUCGGGGUGCUGGCCUUUCUGGCCUCGGCCUUCUUCCUCGUGGUGGAUGCCUUUUUCUCCCAGAUAAGCAAUGCCACUGACCGCAAGUAUCUGGUCGUGGGUGACCUGCUCUUCUCAGCUCUCUGGACUUUCCUGUGGUUUGUUGGCUUCUGCUUUCUGACCAACCAGUGGGCAGCCACCAGCCUUGAAGAUGUGCGGGUGGGAGCAGACUCAGCAAGGGCAGCCAUCACCUUCAGCUUCUUCUCCAUCUUUUCCUGGGGUGUUCUGGCUUCCCUGGCCUACCAGCGCUACAAGGCUGGAGUGGACGCCUUCAUGCAGAACUACGCGGACCCCACCCCGGACCCCAACACGGCCUAUGCCUCCUACCCCAGUGCCUCCGUGGAAAACUACCAGCAGCCGCCCUUCACCCAGAGCGCGGAGACCACUGAGGGCUACCAGCCUCCCCCUGUGUACUGAGCUGCCAGGGGCAGAGGCGGGAAGGGUGCUCGGGGGCACCUACCCUGAACUUCUCUCAAGGCUUGCUGCUUGGAACUGCAGUUUCUUGCCUGUUACCGUUGACAGCCAGAGUCCAUGCCUUCUGUAUCCCAGCUGCAGCCAGACAGAGCAAACCUGAAGUGCCUGUGCCCAGAGGGGCUUCACCACCACCUACCCAAUCCUCAAGGGCAUCUUUUCACCCUUAGACAAGGUUUCUCUGUGUAGUCCUGGCUGUCCUGGAACUCGCACUGUAGACCAGGCUGGUCUCCAACCCAACAGAGACCCACCUGCCUCUGCUCCCGAGUGCUGGGAUCAAAGGUGUGCGCUGCCACUGCCCCGCCGUUCAGGGGCAUUUAUUUUUAGGAGAGGGUCUUUACUAGAUCUUUUUACUCCCCCACCCCAGUACUGGGGAUGGUACCCAGGGUCUUGAAUUUGCUUAACCAGUGCUACCAUCCAGCUAUGUGCUCAGUUCCUUGUUGCUUUUAAUAACCCCGAACCCAUCUCAGAGCCAGAAGCAAGUGCCUGCUAGACACUGUUUUCAACACAUGCCAGUUUCCCCUUGGCUGGAGGCCAUGGGAGCCCCAACCCCCCCCCCCUUUUUUUUAAUCCAAAGACAAGGCUGGGGAUCCUCGCACCUGCCUUCUUGGAGUGCUCAGGCUCCCCUCCUCCACACUCAGGUUCACUGCCCAGCCUCGGCCGGGCUCUAACUCACUGCUGUGUCUUCUGGGGUCACCACUGUGCCAACUGUCUCGAGGCUGCCUGACGACAGCUGUGGAGCAGGCAGGGGGCUACAUAUAACUCCUUCUUGCUCCCACCCCUGGCAAGAGGGAGGGGCUUUGCCUGGAGCUAACACCCAGCUUUAUGUAAAUAUCUCCCCAGCGGCUGUUAGCCUCUAGUGGGGAGAGCAGGGACCCCAGCACUGAAUGUAUUAGAGGCGUGGUGGGGACACCCCUCCCUCAGGUUCUGUAGACUAAUUUGGAGAUGGAAUAAACGGUUUUCUCAGUG